CAUGUUGGCCCAAGAGAUCAGGAAACAGGGGAAGUCUUUUUUUUUCAUUCGCACCAAAAUUGAUAUGGAUUAUCUGAAUGAGAGGCGAAAGAAAUCUUUCAAUGAGGCUGACAUGCUGCGCAAAAUCCGCAUGGACUGCUUGAAGAACCUGGCUGAGGAAGGUUACAACCCCAUCAGCGGUGAAGACAACGUCUUCCUGAUAAGCAACCAUCAUCAAAAGAAGUGGGAUUUCGAUCGACUUACGCAAGCGAUUCUUGAUGCAUUGCCAAGAUAUCAGCGAGAGUGCCUCACCUUGUCUCUCAAUACCCUGACCUGCUUAUCAAGAGAAAUCCUUAAGAGAAAAGUUGAUGUUUUGAAAGGGCGCAUGUGGCUCGUUGCAGGAGCAUCUGCUGCAGUCGCAUGUGUCCCUCUUGCUGGGCUAUCUUUUAGUGUUGAUGCCGUGCUGAUAUUCAACGAAAUUACGCAGUACUUAGCCCAGCUUGGAAUUCCUAAAGAAGGGUCGGAAAUAUUUGAGAUUCUAUGUGAUACCACUAAACGACAGGUCGUCUCUCUUUAUCUCAAUUUCGCCAGUAUCGCCGGAAUUGCCUCGUUUUUUGCAUCGGGGGCUAGCGCGGAAGCAGCUGCGGAAGAAGUUGUGCGUUUUAUUCCGUUCAUAGGGCCAGCAAUAGCUGGCACUUUGUCCUUCGCUGGCACAUUUGCCAUACUUCGUAUAGCUUUGGAUAGAAUUGAAGCAGUAGCAUUAGCUGUCCUUGAGGACGCUGCCCAACAAUCAUUUGACGAUUUUGAUCUUGAUUAAGUUUGUAUUAAUCCAGUGUUUUGGUUAAUUUGAUAUGUUGUUCAUGGCACUAAGCUAAAUUGUGAGUCACGGUUGAGAUGGAGGCCAAAACCUAGCUGAAAUCCGGCACUCUCUUCUUCAAGAUCAGAUAGAAAUCAGGAAUAAAAUUUCCUUUCUAGUUUGUUUAGUAGCAAUCUUAACUAGAAUAUUUUGAAGUCAACUGCAACUCGAAAAUCUUUUCGUCGUAUCAAAAAACCUGGCAAGUAACUUUCUGCACAAGGAGACACUGUAUACAAAUGUAUUAAUUCAUAUACGAGAUGUAAAGUUAUCUUGAUUAUUUCUGGGAGACAGAUUCUAGCUUUUUCUUCUCAUUAACAUAAUCACGGGUCUUCGAAGUCACUUGAGACUCAGUCAAUGGCUUAAAACAUCUUUUCAUAUGGCACGUAUAUCACCCAAACUGAUUCGUGAAGAAUGUAACGGUUUUCUUGUAAAUUUACAAAUAUCUCUUAAACCAACUAAGUGAAGCCAAACAAUCAAAAGUGCCUAGAGAAUUAGAGACAAUGUCAGCUCUUUCAAUAAAAUUAAAGAGUGUAACUAUCUCUGCCUACCGUUCAGCCAGUGAAGCUCAUAAGAUAUUAUCCAUUGGAGUUGUGCCAAUCUCAGUUUUGUUUUUCUAUAAGGCAUAUUUGAUUAAUUAAUUGUUUGGAAAGUAAAGCAAUAAGUAGGGAUAAUUAGACAAUGACAAUACUAUCUGUUGUAGCUAAAUGUUUUUAGGAUAAUGAUAAUAUUAGGAAGAUUGGGUAAUAGCUUUGUAGGUGAAGAAUUGUGAAAUCUUCGGUUUUCAUUGCUUAUUUGAUGGAACAUUGCUCAUGGUAAUUAUAAUCAAUUAAUUUUUUUGCUAUUUUCUCCUAGAACGCUGAAUUUAUUCAGCCUGUUUUGUUAGCGAGUAGUUAAAUGACUCUUUGUAAUAAAGAAGUUGAGAGAUGUA